AUGCCAAUCACCAAGAUUCACGCACGUCAAAUCUACGACUCCCGUGGAAACCCAACCGUAGAGGUUGAUCUCUUCACCGAAAAAGGGGUUUUCCGCGCUGCCGUGCCAUCUGGUGCCUCAACUGGAGUUCAUGAAGCCCUCGAGCUCCGUGAUGGGGACAAGGCUGUUCAUCUUGGAAAGGGUGUUCUCAAGGCUGUAAGCAACAUCAACGAUAAGAUCGCCCCGGCUCUCAUCGCCAAAGGAUUCGAUGUUACCGCUCAAAAGGAUAUUGACGAGUUCAUGCUUGCUUUGGACGGUACUGAGAACAAGGCCAACCUUGGAGCCAAUGCCAUCCUUGGAGUAUCAUUGGCAGUGGCCAAAGCAGGAGCUGUUCACAAGGGCCUUCCACUCUACAAAUAUAUCGCCGAACUCGCCGGUACCGGAAAGGUAGUUCUCCCAGUUCCCGCUUUCAACGUUAUCAAUGGAGGAUCUCAUGCUGGAAACAAGCUCGCUAUGCAAGAGUUCAUGAUCCUUCCAGUCGGAGCCUCGAGCUUCGCUGAAGCCAUGCGCAUGGGUUCUGAAGUCUAUCAUCACUUGAAGGCGGAGAUCAAGAAGAGAUACGGACUUGAUGCUACUGCAGUCGGAGAUGAGGGAGGCUUUGCUCCAAACAUCCAAGACAACAAAGAAGGACUUGACCUCCUCAACACUGCUAUUGACAAGGCCGGGUACACUGGAAAGAUCUCCAUUGGUAUGGAUGUUGCUGCUUCCGAGUUCUACAAGGACGGAAAGUACGACUUGGACUUCAAAAAUGAGGCUUCAGAUUCAUCGAAAUGGCUUUCUGGAGAGCAACUUUCUGAGCUCUAUCAAUCAUUCAUCAAGGAGUAUCCAGUCGUUUCAAUUGAAGAUGCUUUCGACCAAGAUGACUGGGAUAACUGGGGCAAACUUCAUGCUGCCACUACCAUUCAGCUUGUUGGAGAUGACUUGACAGUCACCAACCCUAAGAGAAUCAGAACUGCCAUUGACAAGAAGUCAUGCAACUGUCUUCUUCUUAAGGUUAACCAAAUUGGAUCCGUCACCGAAUCUAUUGAGGCUGCCAAUCUCUCCCGUGCCAAUGGAUGGGGAGUUAUGGUCUCUCACAGAUCUGGAGAAACCGAAGAUACAUUCAUUGCUGAUCUCGUCGUCGGACUCGCUACUGGACAAAUCAAGACCGGCGCCCCAUGUCGUUCAGAGCGUUUGGCCAAAUACAACCAGCUUCUCCGAAUCGAAGAAGAGCUCGGAGCUGAUGCUGUCUACGCUGGACAAAACUUCAGAAACCCACAAGUGUAG